AUUUCUAAUUACGGGUUUAUAGUGAUAGCGUGUUCCUAUUGUAUAGAGUAUAACCAAGUAUAUAAAAUGAUUGAAAAAUCUUGUCGCUACAAGGCUUGUAUACGUCAGGGUCAUACUUAUAAUGGUUCCAGCGUUCUAGUUUCUUCUUUAGAUCAUAUUAUAUACGAGCAACGUCGUUUAAAGGCUAAAGAAAAAGAAGCCAAGGCCUUGCUAUAA